AAAAAAGUAGCUAUCGAGGCGCCACCCUCGACUUCAUUUCACAAAAAUAAAAAAUAUCAGCAUCUUGGGUAACAAGGUCAUCAACAUUAGCUUAACGAGAACGGAGUUUUCAAUAAUCGAGCGAUUAAAGUAGUGUUGAGAUGUGAUUUUUUGUGAAAAUAGUGCUAUUACUCAACGGAACCACCGAUCAGGCGUAUCCACAACCUACAAUGCUCCUACCCACAUAGAUGGAGCGUGGAGCAGCUUUUUAUUCAAUUAUUUUUAUUUAAAACAAUGUAAGACAAUUAAAAAAUGUCGGAGACGAGUUACGUAAACGAAAUACCUCCUGUGGAGGACGGGUGCUCUAAGGAACUCAGACUGAACGGUGACUUGUGCACAGACACUGUCGAGACCCCUGAGGCUCUAGCCCCCAACAACAAUGUUUGCGAAGUUGUGUCCCCAGACUGUUUGGACAGUGAGGCUAAUGAAGCCAGUGAGGUCAAUGAGUCGAAGAAUGAGUGUGCAAGUAGUGUUAGUGCAUGUGAGGAGAAUGGCUCUAUAGAGGAAGCCAGUUCAGUGGACUCCCAGUGCGAACCUGAACCAGAACCUGAUCCAUAUGCUAUGGAAGACGACGAUGAAGGAAAGGUUCCCGAAGAAGGUGUUGAACACAGCAACGGUGUGAUCAAGAAGUCUAGUAAGCGUAAGAAAUUAUCCAGCGGGCCUGGAAGGGGGCGACCUCGCAAGGAAUUGGUUGCAAUGUAUCACAGUCAGAUCAGUGGGGACAAGAACACAAUCAAGAUCAGGAUCAAGAAGAAUUUGACUCCUUUGACGCCCAACAAGAAAAAGUCCGGUAGACGGAAAAAACACCGACAGCAAACAGAGGACACCUAUGAAGACGAAACUUCAGAUUAUGAGAAGCAGCGUCCAAAGCGCAGCAAGUCCUCAACAGUUGGUGGGGAUGAAGAAAAUAAUGUAUCCAGCACUCAAGAACAGGAGCCCCAAGAGCAGUCGGCAUGGGGGGACAUUGAAAAGAUGCCUGAACACAUCCUGGAGACCAUUUUUGGAUAUGUCGUGGCUACUGAAGGCUCCUUGCCCCAUUUGGUCAGAUUCAGCAAAGUGUGCAAGAUGUGGAGAGACGUUUCCUUAAAGCCAUCAUUGUGGUCAAAGACUGAUCUGAACUUUGUGAAGGAAAAAGCAAGAACCGACCUCAGGUUACACUGGUUGAUUGUAAACAGACUUGUGGAGUGUCAAGAUCUCAACAUGGGUGAAUGGAAAGUGCGUGAUAUCCAAACAUUUCUGGAGGCAUUGUGUGAACAUUGCAAGAAGGUGAAAGGUUUAAACCUAAGUGGUUGGAAAGGAAUAACUCCUGACCACUUGAAGUACCUCACUACUGAAUGCAAGCAGCUUGAAAGGCUAGACCUGUCCUUUAUUAAUUCCACUUCUCCAAUCAACGCGCAGCCCCUGGUAAAUCUGAGUCAAACCAUGGCUUCCCGACUCACCCACCUGGUAUUAGCGCACAACAAAAUCGCAAAUUUGACGCAGAUUAUGACCGCAAUAUCGACAAAUUGCCCGAAUCUUCAACUUCUGGAUCUAUCGAACAUCGGAACCUUCGCUCACAAUAUGUCCUUGUUGCACGUGGAGAAACUACAAAUCGGAUGUCCUAAGCUAAGGGUGCUGCGCAUCACAAACAGCCAGAUUUGGUUGGCCCCUGCGAGCCUAACUGAACAGGUGGCUUCUCCAGGCUUUCCUCACCUGGAAGAGCUUUCCUUGGCCGGCUUGGAAGAGGACCAAACGACGACAUCCAGAUCUAUAGAUGACGAUUGUAUGGAGCGACUGUUAAAAUCCAGUACGAAGUUGCGAUUAUUGGACGUCAGAGGGUGCUCCAAGUUAACUGAUUCUGGUUUGGUCAGAGUGCCUGCUUGGGACUUAGAGCAUUUGUUCUUAAGUGCGUGCUAUAUAACGAGGUUGCAAGAUUCCGGCUUGGAGUUGGUACUACAAAAGUGGGCUCAUAGCUUGAUAGAAGUGGAUCUUGCAUGGAGUACUGCGACUGCUGCCUUAGACGGUGCAGUCUGUGCAUUGGCAGAGAAAGGACCUGAAUCAAAAUUAACGAUCCUGAAUCUAUGCGGUUCCUCCGUAAGCCUUCCGACGGUGAAAGCAGUUUUAUCCAAAUGCCUGAACCUGCGGUCGAUCAACCUUCAGUCAUGCCGGGCACUGCCCAGAGGCAUUAAGCGACUCUACACCGGCAAGAAGCAGAUUGACGAAUUGCGAGAGGCGCUCAAUAAAACUGAUCAACCCGCUGCGACGGAGGAAGAGGGAUCCCCGUCUUCUGCAUCUCCGCAGAAUAAACCUGAGUAAAGGUUGAACUUAUAUAUAGGGUGUAACAAGUGAGGAAGGCUAUGGAAAAUUGGCGUAUUUGGUUUUGUAUUCAGUUACAUGCAACUUACGGCCGGUUCACGCUACCUCAAUUGAAGAUAUAUGGCGUUAAGUUUGUAAUUAUGUAGUCGGGGGUGAAGAGGCUCAGUUUUACGCAGUAUGGAAUAAAUAGAUUAAUUUACGAAAAUUACAGCAUUAGCGGUGACAAAGGAAUUCUAGAUCGUCGCGAAAAUAUUCGCAGCUUAUUUUUGUACUGUAUGCCUCUUUGGUCUAGUGCUUUACAACACGUUUGCAUAAAAUUCAUCAGCGGGUUCAAGAGUCUUUCCUUUGUAUUGAGCAGUAAGUUUUUACAAAAAAAAAAACAGCUAAUGUUCAUCUGAGAUUUUCUACUUCCAAAAGAUAGGUUUUUAAAUGGAAUUUGCACAGGAAAGAAGGUUGCUCGUCCAAUAGAUAUUUUUCUUCUCUGAACGAAUCUUAGAAUAGGCCAGUAAAAUAUUCUAAGCCUUGCUGUUGAAGAGGUGCCAUUUUUUCAGCAUUAAGACUACCGUUCCUGUACUAUUCCGAUUCGGAUUAGCUAAGGAAUAUUAGACUUUUUCUGCUAAAAAAUGCCAGUUGCAAUUUUUCUGUUAAAAGUCGCAGCUGACAUUAUUUUGCAUAAGUCAAAAUUUACUGAACUAUUCCCAUUCGAAAUAGGCCAGCGAUAUUGAACUUUUUCCGUUGAAGGGAGACUAGUCUCUGUUUUUUUUUUUCAGCAAAAUGACAAAUGUCACUGGCCUAUUUUGAUAAAAAAUACCAGUUGCUAUUUUUUUGCAAUGUUGGAGCUAACCAAACCAUUAUUUUACACUAAAAGCAUAAUUUUCCAGAAAUAAUCCGAUUCGAAUUAGACCAUAUUAGACUUUUUACGCAGUAUGGAAUAAAUAUAUUUAUUUUCGAAAAUCACAGCAUUAUCGGUGAGAAAGCAAUUCCAGAUCGUCGCAAAACGUUUACAAUACUUUCCACGACAAUUGGCGAGAAAGUGCUAUAAUUGCGAAGACUGAAAAAUAUGUGCAAAAGACAUGUCUCUCGUUUCCGUCCGAUCUGAAUCUGUGGGUUUUUAAAAUUAACCUAUUGGCGGCGGAGAUACUGAGAAUAAACGAAGGAAAAUAACAAUCACUAAAUCCUCUUGUUUGACGUUCCAGAUACUGUCCAUUUUCAGAAAUAUUUGUAGAAGUGUUAAAACUGCGCGUUGGGGGGUUAUCAAUGUUUUAUCAGUAUCGUCUUUGAUUAACGUAUGUUGCCUGAAUAUCGUCAACCUAAGGCUAUAUUCCCGCGCCCAAAAAAUUAUCCGACAUAAAAUGAGACACCCUGAUAUUUUUUCACAGUUUUUCGAUUUACUAUAUAUAAAUAUAUAUCUUGAAAGGUUAGUAUCUCAUAGAUGGCCCUGCAGCAUAUAGUUAUAUACCAACCUUUUCAAAGAACAUAUGUUAAAUACAGAACAAGCUGUGACAAAUUCUCAUAGAUGACGCUACGAAAUGUCAUUUCAUCUCGAAUAAUUUUUGGAACGUGGAAGUGUAGCAUUAGGCUGGCUAUCUUCAAAAAGAGUCUAUUAAUCAAAAUCUUCUGAUCAUAGUAAUACCGGUAAUGUGUUAGACACUCAUAUUUACCAUACAUUUGCCAUUGAAAUAGAGAUAUCCUCUAUUAUUUGAGAUGUAGAGGUCUACAAUAUAUUGUAUGUAAGUGAACAUCCCUAGCCUAGUUUAAAUUCCAUUUGGGUUCUUUGAAUAGACUUGUCGCAUUUUUUUUUUUUUUAGGCGCGAGAUUCAAUCUAAUUUUCACCAUUUGAUUGUCCUCUGAUAAUUAUCGCAUGUAAUUAAAAUUGACACGAUUCUGGAAUUUGUGAUGCCACUUUGAAAAAGACUGUUCUAGAGUAUAGUCAAAAAAUUUCUUGGAUGAUCAAUGAUUUAUAACUUGGUCAAAACUCAUUUUAUUUUUUCUGAGGUGCUCUUUCAAAUAAUUUUCUGUAACAUGUUUUUAUUUAUUCAUGAAUAUCCGUGGCUUUGGCAGAUUCAAAUAUCUGUUUUGAGAUAUAACCUAUGAAGUGGCAGCAGGAUUAUAAAUGGAAAACAAACUUAUAUUCAAAUCUGCAUGUUUCUCUGACCGUCAAAUAAAGCCACAGAUAUAGAAUAAAGCUGAACCAUUUCUGCCAUCUUGUUACUUUGAAAAAGGCCGCGAAGUAUAAGUUUCGAAUGUUACAUUAAUAUUCUAUUUGUUAGCGUUUCUCUACUCAGAAACAGACAACUAAAUUUCUGUCUUGCACGUUUCACGAAAUGUUCUCGACAUUUCUCAUCUCUCCGACCAAUUAAGUGCGUGAUCAGGAAAUUUUUCUAGAGGUUCUUAUUUUACAAGUUGCAUCAUAUCUACGUAAAAUUUUCAAAAAUUCAGUUUAUCGUCAAUUGGUGCAGCUAAAAUUGUUGUAUGUCAAUAAAUUUUAUAUGUCGAAUUUACUUGACUCCAAUUUUUAAACUGAAUUAGUGAUAUUUCCAAAAGUUUUCCAAUAGCUGUCUCUUUUCGUUUCACCCUGUAUAUGAUGAAGAGGUUGUAUAUACACUGGCCCAGUGUACGUUGUGAUUACUAUUUCUUUCUCUAAACGAGACGAUUUUUGUUCGAUCCAGAUGCGUUUUGUUUGGGGAGAUUGUUUAUUUUAUGGCAGUAUUUUUUCGUGAUUUUUAUAACCUAGGACUAAAGUUUCACAGUUGGCUAUCAAAAAUGAGCAAUAUUCAAAGGUCUACAAUCGGUAAAAUAAACAUAUCCCCAUAAUUUUGUACAUAACUUUAUCGAGGAAAGUUACUUUGUUACGAUGAUUUUAUUUUUAUGAUUGUUUAUUUUAAUAUAGCCAAUGGUUAUGAGAGGAUUUGAAUGAAAAUUAUAUAUAUUUCUGGAUUAUUUUGAGAUAGUGGUAGAUUAGGUUCUUUCACGUUUUUCUUUGUAACCUUUUACAAAGUGUUUUCUUUUAGAUUGUUAUUUUUCAAAAUUAUAUUUAUUGUAUUUUUAAGC